AUGGUGCAGCAUCCACACAAUGAUGCUUUGAUAGUAACCCUUAAGAUUGGAGAAUACCAGCUCGACAGCCCAAUGAUCAGGUUCAAUGGAAUGCCAACAUGGCUUCUGGGAGCAAUAAAUUUUGAGGUACAUGCAGGCACCAGGAAUGUUAGCGCAAAAUUUAAGGUAAUCAAUACCCCCUUCCCUUACAAUGCUAUAUUGGGAAGACCGUGGCUAUACGCCAUGAGGGCUGUUCCCUUGACACUACACCAAUUGUUACGAUUUCCAACUGAACAGGGGAUUGAAGAAGUCAAAGAGGAUCAAGUAUAG